GUCUGUCAUAUAAAUGAACUGCUGUUGUCUUACUGUUUGGUUUGUCCUCUAGUUUGCCAGACCACCAGGUCCACACCCUGCAGAAAUCUGUCUUUAUCUUUAGUCUUUUUCAGUCUGCAAACAUCCCCCAACAGCAAACAUGGAAGCCAUCAAAAAAAAGAUGCUUAUGCUGAAGCUGGACAAGGAGAAUGCAUUGGACCGGGCUGAGCAAGCUGAGGCAGACAAGAAAGGAGCCGAGGAGAGGAGCAAACAGCAUGAAGACGAACUUCUGCAGAUGCAAAAGAAGCUGAAGGGGACAGAAGAUGAGCUGGAUAAAUAUUCAGAAGCCCUGAAGGAUGCCCAGGAGAAGCUGGAGGUUGCUGACAAAAAGGCUGCUGAUGCCGAGGCAGAGGUGGCUUCCCUGAACAGACGCAUCCAGCUUGUGGAGGAGGAGUUGGACCGAGCGCAGGAGAGACUGGCAACAGCCCUGCAGAAACUGGAAGAAGCUGAAAAAGCCGCUGAUGAGAGCGAGAGAGGCAUGAAGGUGAUUGAGAACAGGGCCCUAAAGGACGAGGAGAAGAUGGAACUCCAGGAGAUCCAGCUGAAGGAAGCCAAACACAUUGCUGAAGAAGCUGAUCGCAAAUACGAGGAGGUGGCUCGUAAGCUGGUGAUUGUAGAAGGAGAGUUGGAACGGACUGAGGAGAGAGCAGAACUGGCUGAGGCAAAAUGUGCAGAGCUGGAGGAGGAACUGAAGAAUGUCACCAACAACCUUAAGUCUCUGGAGGCACAAGCUGAGAAGUAUUCUCAAAAAGAGGACAAGUAUGAGGAAGAAAUCAAGAUCCUAACUGACAAGCUGAAAGAGGCUGAGACGAGAGCUGAGUUUGCUGAAAGAUCUGUAGCCAAGCUGGAGAAGACUAUUGAUGAUCUGGAAGAUGAGCUUUAUGCUCAGAAGCUCAAGUACAAAGCCAUCAGUGAGGAGCUGGACCACGCCCUCAAUGACAUGACCUCCAUCUAAGUGAAUCUUAACCCUGGGCAAGCUCCGAUCUUCUUCCUCCUCCCUCCUCAUCCUCAUCACCUGGUGGCUCCUGUGGUGCCGCUGCCAUUGGUCUCUGUUUGAAUAAAAAUGAUGUACUGUCUGUUUUUACCAGUAUCUCUGGCAUGAACAAAGAAAACAGGCUCUGA